UGGCGCACUCUUGUGGCUGUGCAGCGCCAUUUUAGUAUUUAGCUCUGAAGAUUGAGUUUUUACUUCCGUGAAAAAUUUUUACGAGUUUUUAUUGUCAUCGUUAUAAUAUUUUCGACAACUGCAGUUCUGUAUAUAGUCGGUUUGAAAAUCUUAAAGAAAAUAAUGAGGGUAUGAAUUUAAACGUGCUCCAAUAUUAGCGCUUAGCGUGUAUUUGCCGGUGUAUUGUGUUCAACGUCACCAUCAACCAUGAUGCAAGCAAACAAUCGAGUCCCACCUAUAAAGUUGGAAAACGAUAUAGAUCUUUACGCCGAUGAUAUCGAGGAUUUCGCACAAGAUGACUUUGGUGGUGAAAAUGUUGAUCUAUAUGACGAUGUAAUAUCCGCUCCUCCUGGAAAUAAUGACAACCCAGGUGAUUCAAAUCAUCAUGCUCCUCCUGGUGCUGGUGAAGAUGGUGGAGGUAAUUUUGUUGGGUCAGGAGGAGCACCCAAUAAUAUAAAUUCUUCUGGAAGAAGACAUCAGCUGUAUGUUGGAAAUCUGACUUGGUGGACAACUGAUCAAGAUAUAGAAAAUGCAGUGCAUGAUAUAGGGGUAACCGACUUCCAUGAAGUUAAGUUUUUUGAACACAGAGCAAAUGGUCAAUCCAAGGGAUUCUGUGUCAUAUCUUUGGGAUCUGAGGGAAGCAUGAGACUCUGCCUGGAACUCCUAUCUAAAAAAGAGAUCAAUGGCCAAAAUCCCCUUGUUACCCUUCCCACAAAACAAGCUCUUAGUAACUUUGAAAGUCAGUCUAAAACACGCCCUUCUCCUACUAAUAAUUCUAACUCACGUCCUCCCCAUCCUAAUAAUAAUGUUCAUUCAGGUCCUAUGCAGAAUUAUGGAGGUAGAAUGCCUAUGAACCCUUCCAUGCGUCCCAUGCCCCCAGGUAUGCAAGGUGCUCCAAGAAUGCAGGGUCCACCUGGAUUUAAUGGACCACCAAACAUGAAUCAGCAACCCCCCAGGUUCCAAGGUAAUCCACAAUGGAAUGGACCUAGACCUAAUGGUCCUGGGCCCAAUAUGGGAAUGAGACCCAUGGGGCCACCUCAUGGACAACAAGGGCCCCCAAGACCACCAAUGCAGGGACCACCGCAGCAAGGUCCUCCAAGAGGAAUGCCGCCACAAGGUCCACCGCAGAUGCGUCCAGAAUGGAAUCGACCACCAAUGCAACAAGGGUACCCUCAAGGCCCGCCGCAUAUGCAAGGACCUAACAUGGGUCCAAGAGGUCCACCCCAAAUGGGACCACCCGGGGCGCCUCAACAGCAAGGACCAGCUCCGCACGUAAAUCCAGCAUUCUUUCAACAAGGAGGAGGACCACCGCCCCCAAUGCAACACAUGCCUGGACCAGGGCCCGUCAUGCCUCCUCAAGGACCCCCGCAAGGUCCACCACACGGACCCGUUGGACCUCCACACGGCCCACCAUUGGGUCCAGCGAAUGUUCCGCCUCAUGGACCACCUCACGGAUAUGGUCCACCUGCAGCGAUGCCACAGCCGCCAUACGGUGGCCCACCUCCAGACCACCGCGCUGAGAUUCCUCAGUUAACAGAGCAAGAAUUUGAGGAUAUAAUGUCCCGGAAUAGAACAGUUUCCAGUUCGGCGAUUGGGCGGGCCGUAUCCGACGCCGCAGCUGGAGAAUUUGCAAGCGCCAUUGAGACUUUGGUUACUGCUAUUUCACUCAUCAAACAAUCCAAAGUGGCUAACGACGAUCGUUGCAAGAUCCUUAUAAGUUCGCUGCAAGAUACUUUGCGUGGUGUCGAAGACAAAAGCUACAGCUCCAGCCGCAGAGACCGGUCAAGAUCCAGGGACAGAUCACAUAGAAGAACUAGAAGAGAACGAUCCUCGUCACGGUACAGAGACAGAAGCAGAGAGAGGGAGCGUGAACGCGAUAGAGAUCGUGAUCGUGAACGUGACAGAUAUUAUGAUAGAUACAGCGAAAGAGAAAGAGACCGAGAUCGUUCAAGAAGCAGAGAAAGAACAGAAAGGGAUAGAGAACGAGAUUAUAGAGACCGGGAACCCGAAGAGACAGAUAAAGAAAAAUCUAAAGUAGAUAAAGAAAAAUCUAAAGUAUCCAGAGUCUCAAGAUCAAGAAACAAAUCUCCGGAACCUGUCGAACCUAGCAGCGAGGUACCGAAAUCAUCCCGCUAUUAUGAGGAUAGGUAUCGGGAACGAGAGAGAGAAGGUCGACGAGAGAGCGAUCGCGAAAGAGAAAGAGAUAGAAGAGGGGAAGACAGCCAUAGGUCUCGACACUAGCAUAUAGUUAGCGGUUCACAGAAACAACAACAAACAAGUUAUAGUUGGAGUUCAAACAAAGAUUAUCGUGUUUAAUUUAGAGAUAGGUUAUAAUAUGUGAUGUUACUUUACAUAAAUUUAAACAGGUUCCGAAUGUGUAAGUUAAAAGAGCAAAGGAAACAUUCACUAACUCAUAUUUUGCUACUUGUUUCAUUUUGCAAUGGAACUUCUGGCUAUCUUAAAUGUAUUCAUAAAAAGGAUAAAAAACAUUUACCUGUUUAUUGUUGUAUUAAGUAAAUCAUUGACUAUAAUAUUGCGAUAAAUGUUAGAUAUUUUACUUCAUGGGGUUAUACUUUUGAUGUAAAAGUUUCACAUAUUUAGCUUUAAGCAAACGUGACUUACUAUGAAUAUAAUAAAUUAUGUAAGAACAAAAUUAAGUAAUGAAUAUACCACAUAAUUCUUCAACUAAUGAGUUACUAUGUACAGUAUAUUCUUCUUACUAUUUCUUCAGUUUUCUCCUGGAGUAGCAAAACUUGUUUUUGUAAAAUGAAUUUAUUGUUUAGGCUGUGCUAUAUUAACACUGGGUCGUCUAUUAAUCUGUUAAAAAACAGUUUUUGAGAGAAUUCUGUUCUUUAUAAAAAAUUACAGGAGGGUGAUGAAAGGCUUUAUUGUUACAUGCAUGUUGGUAAAUCGGGAUGCUUCUAAAUGAUAAAUAACUUUAGGCAACUUGUUGUUUCUGUGAGCUGUAUUUUUUCACAUUUUUAUGUAAUCAUACAUAAGUAAAUCAUGUAACGUAUAGUUGAUAAGUACAAUAUAGAUGGAAAUCAA